UGACACUGUAGGCUUGCACAUAUCUGGAUGGCAAGUUCUGGCCCUUGGUUUAAAAGACAGGUUUAUGGAUGCAACUUCUGUAGAGUGGCAAUACACAUUCUCCAUCAGUAUCAUUUGCCACAUUCAAGAGUAAUUCAAGAAGUGAAAGGAAGCAUACUACCCAUAUUGACAUGAAACAAGACUGAACGCAUGCAGUGCCAUGAAGUCCCGUUCACUCUUUUCAUGGAAACGUAUGAUGUUUUGAAUAUAGUUUCUUGAGAGAUGCAAUACAAUUGUGUAUGAUUGUUCUAGAUGAAGAUGAAGAACGCAGAAAACGUGAGGAAGACGAAGAUGAAGAAAAUGAAGACGAAGAUGAAGAAGAAGAUGAGGAGGACGAAGAUGAUGAAGAAGAUGAAGAUGAAGAACGCAGAAAACGUGAGGAAGACGAAGAUGAAGAAAAUGAAGACGAAGAUGAAGAAGAUGAAGAUGAAGAACGCAGAAAACGUGAGGAAGACGAAGAUGAAGAAAAUGAAGACGAAGAUGAAGAAGAUGAAGAUGAAGAACGCAGAAAACGUGAGGAAGACGAAGAUGAAGAAAAUGAAGACGAAGAUGAAGAAGGUGAGGAAGACGAAGACGAUGAGGAAGACGAAGAAGAUGAGGAGGACGAAGAUGAUGAAGAAGGUUAGAAAUGCUACCACAUUCUCACAGACAAGAGUAAUUGUUAUUGUGUUUCUUUUGAAUAAUCAGUACUCUCACACCACAGACAUUCAACUGGUGGAAGAAAGACUAUGAUGUAU